UUUUUUACAGAAAAAUUUAAUUCAAACAAAAGAAAGGCCAGAUGCAUACAUGGUGAUCGUUGAUUGAAAAUGGAGCUGAAGGCCUAAAGCUUAAAUUAAUAUAUGUAAAAUGCGGAAGAAAAGUUGAGAGAGAAGUAGAAGUAGAGGUAGAGAAAUCGAGUGUUGACACCUUUGACAAGUGCGGGGUCGCCCUUACACGUUUUGUGUACCGCUAACAAUAAUCAUUGCACCUGUUUGUCUACACAGUGUUGAGUGUUGCAAUAAAGUCGGACGUUUAUUUUUAUUGUCACAAAGUAUUUACAUAAACAAAAAAUCUAUUCCCAAUGUCUGGUUGCUCAAUAGGUUCCAAGUUUUGUGUCCGUUGUAAAGUGAAACACAUGGAACAAGUGAGGACACUUAGUAUUUGAUCUAAGACAGUCGAGAGUUUACAUUGACAUAAGUAGCCCAUUUAAUUUUUUAACAAAGAAGGAUUAAGUUUUAUGGUAAAAGCUAUUGGAAUGUUUUAUAGUUACAAUAGGUAUGGAGAUCACGAACGAGGGUCAUCAGGAGUUUAAUGAUGAUACACCUGUUUUAACGGCACAAAUCACCAACACUGGGCAUGACAAUGGCAUUGCUAAUUUGGAGGUGGUCCAAGACACGUCAAAGUCUUUGCUUGCCAAGUGUCACUCCAACCAGCAGCCGGAAGAUCGAGAGAUCAAAAUUGAAGACGUCAAUAAUGGCGAGUCGAGAAUUGAAAGAGAUUCACUUGAAAAAGAAACAGAUUCUGUGAAAACUGUUAAAAGUCCGAGUUCGUUAGCUUUUACCAUUGACUUUGGUGGCAACAAAGAAGUUGACUCUGUUAAAUAUCAAAAUUUAUUUCAACGAUAUAAUGCCAGGCAUAAACGAAAUCUUUCAACAUCUAAAAUUGAGAUUAAAUCUAAACCUGUUGCUGAUUCGUCGCCAAAUUGUCUACAAAAACAUAAACCAGUGAGUAUCCAUUCAGAAGGAUAUUUUAGCAGUGAAGAUGAUACUAAAAGAAAAGCUGAUAGAUUGUCACAAAAAUUAAAAGAAUUAGGUUUAAAAAAUACUAAAGGUGCUACUAAAAAGUCUGAUUUGAUGUCGAGAUCGAUGACUGAGAACACAAACGGUGACACAAAACGUAGAUCGUACCACGAGGAGUCGACGAAUAAUUGUGUGUAUGAAAUAACGUACUCGGCAACAAUGAACGACUUGAGUAAAAUGCAGAGUAAUGUCGAAGAGGAAUUAAAUCGUGUGCAAUAUUCGCCGGAAAAAAAGUACACUAAAAAUAUCGAGUAUAUUGAGAUAAAUCAUGACUACGGUGAAGAAGUCGAAAAAUCGAGUUUAGACACUGUCGAAAAGCUUUCAAACACUAGCUAUAUGUCCGACAAUUGUCCAUCCAAUGAAUUCGCUAGCAACAGUAGUAGGCAAACAAAUGUGCAAAUGAUGAGUGUUAGUUAUACUGGAGAAUCUAGUGGUGAUUUUGAUCAAACAAACUUGGAAGUUUUUAACGUCAGUACUGUUGACGCUGGAUCUGAUGGUACAGUAAGUGAAGCUGGGACUUAUACAAUUCAUAAGGAUUAUACAGACGAAGAAAAAGCAAGAAUGGAUAUUGAUAAAACUUUCAGUGUCGGAGUACUGACUGAAGAAGAGAGCAAUGAAUUGUAUGUCCAUCAUUUCAAGAUGCGAAGCUCUCGUGAUACAAAUACAUGGAUUACCGAGUGGGCAACCCAAGUUGCCGAACACAAUUCACUACCGCCUGUGAUCGGUGGCACAACUGGACGCACACCGCCAAUGAGUCCGUCUAAAAUUCCAUCCCCGAUUUACUCGCGAACCCAACGGGCUUCAAGAACCCGUUAUGAGCAAAGUGACAGCAGUUUGGACGCUGAAAUUCAACAAAUGCGUGAUAGAAUAACUUCAGUGCCGAAUUCUAAUCAACAUACGCUCAUUGAUUCUGGUGGAGAGUCUGAUGAGGACACCAGCAACAGUUACAACACUCCGCCUCAUAGUUCUCAACGCACUCCAACGCACAGCGCUCUUGUACGUCGUGGCAGCCUGUCCGAAUCGCUGUUCAAGCGAGUUAAUCACAAUGACUGUCGACGUAGCAUGAGAAAGUAUCCUGAGAUUAAGAAAAAAGAAGAAAUUCUUGAUGUGCCAAAGAGUCCGUCCCACGUUCUAGCUCGUCUUCAUCUUGAACGCGGUAAUUCUUUAGAUCGCAAGUCUGAUACCGCUGAAUCAAACUCAUCACGACGCACUAGUCUUAAGAACUAUACAACUGAUGAUAAUUUUAAGCAUACAAACAGUCCAAUUUUAAAUCGUCUUCGUACUAAUAACUCUACAACUCCUAAAUUAACAAAUAGUCCGAUACUUGGACACAAAACAAUUACUACUAAAAUAUUAAACUCGCCGAGCUUUGAAAGACCUAAACAAUUGCUUGUUAAAUCAAAUUCACAAGCUAAAAAUGUUGGUUACUUUACGUGUGUUGAGAAUAGUCCUUAUAUGCUGAGAAAAUCAAAUAGCACGUCAAAUUACCGAGAAGAUAUGUCACCGGGGAUCAAGGAGCUCUCAGUGCUCAAUAGCAAUAGUAUUUAUCAGCGUAAUUCUGUGGGUAUUCAGCGUUCUUCCAGCAACACAAGUAUCCGCAUUGCAAAAACUAAAAAUAUGUUAGCACGUCGCAGCAGCUUCAAUGAUCAGGGAGACCGAUUGUCUAAAACGAAGCAUGUUGUAUCAGAUAGCAGCAGCGAAGCUGGUGAAACGCACAACAUACCAGCCCCGCCGAUAUCAUCUGGUAUUAAAUUAAAUCGCGCAUUCAGUAUUCGUAGAGCACGUGUUACUUGUGAUUCAGACACGACACCCAACACGACUCCAGAAGAACGACGACGGAAAGCUCAAAUGGAAAUAAAAUCCGCCCCGUCUUCUGCACGUCAAUCAUCAAGUCAUCAUCGUGCGCGGACGAGCAGUGUUGGUGCAAAUAAUAAAGAUAAUUAUAAAAAACCUGAGACACGUCCACGUGUCCCCUCGUUGUCUAGAAAUGAGGGUGGUAGGUACAGUAUGCGUGGCCAGAAAAGCACAUCUAGUACAUCAACUUCACGGCCUAAUUCCGGUGUUAAAGGCGGCAAAGAUGCGAAAAAUUCAGGUCGUAGUAAUUCAACGUUAACUUCCAAAGAAGUUGAAUUUCAAAAUUGGAAACGUAGAAAAAAUUAUGAUCCGAUGAAAGCUGCAGCAGAGGGUAAAAAAAAAUUGGACAAUUCAAGAAAACAUCACAGCACUGAAGACGGUAAUAAUAGUCGAGAUAAUUCAGUUUUACGCUCAGCGAGCUUUCAUGGCACACAUGGAGUGCUUUCUCUGGCUGAUGACUGGUCUGAUAAUGAAUUAAAUUUUGUUGAACAAAAAGAAAUAAUUCAGAUACCUCCACCGUGCAGUCCUCGCGACAGUGACAGUGAUUUAGAUACGUCAUCUUAUCUUCAGACGACGCAAAAUGUCAUGUCUGCUAUGUCAGCAAGGAUCACUGUCUACCAGCCAGCGCCAGUUGACUCUGGAGGCGAAAGUGAUGAGGACACCAGCCAAAGCUUGAAACAAACAAAUAAAAUAUCUCAUCAAGUUAGUGACACUGAGAGCAGCGAUGACCCGCAUCCUGUCGGAUCGAAAUUCAACCGAUCGUAUGGCCUGAGAAAAUCACGAGAAAGUCAGGAAGUUAAGAGCGCGCCGAUUAAAACACGAACUCCUGUAGUUAAUUCAAAACCCAGAGCUGAAACCGCUAGUAUUGCUCGCACAGAUUCCGGGAGAUUCAGCAUGCGUACCAAGGGAUCAACAACUGGACCAAAAGCUAAACUUAAAGACGUGAAAAAACAGAGCCAGUCUAUCACCAGAGAACAGGAAAUGCAAAAUUGGAAGAGACGGAAGAGUUAUGAUCCAAUGAAAGCUGCGAUGGAAGGCAAGCGGAAAGCUGGAUUAGCUAAAAAAAAUCUUAAUUCUGAGUCUUCCAGGAAUCUUAGCGAUCGAUAAUAGUCUACAGCAAUGCGAGAAAGUGGUAUGAAUUGUAUUUAAAAUGUACUGAGAUCUCAAAGCUUCCACGGGCCAGUGAAUUUUGGUAUCAGCGAGUGGAGCGACGAAGAUAUUUCCGCUUCUGCUGAUGAAGCUCCUAUUUAUUAACGACUAUGAUAUUAACGAUAAUGACUCGAUAUAAUUAUUACUUUAUGACAAUUAUCUUAAUGUCAAGUUUCGCUAAUUAUAGAUAAGCCGGUGAAAAAAAAAAUCCAUGACUUGAUAUUAAUUAUUUAAAAGAAAGUUUAUUGCGUAAUCGAAUUAUCGAUUUAGUUGUUACAAUUAAGUUUUAUUUUAUAAAGUUAUCGGUAUGCUGAAACAACUGCUAAUUAUCAUAACUUUUUUUUUUCAGUUAUUGAAAUAAAUAAAGUGAACAAAGCGUGUGUAAAAAAAGUGAAAUAGCUGAAAUUAAUAAUUCAAUGCUAAAAAACGGAAUUAUAACUUAGGGAUUAUCGUAAUAAUUGUACAAAAUAUAAUGUUUUAUUGUUUACUAUAGGUUUCGAUAUUUUCUGAGAUUGCAAAUAGCUUUAUUGCACUUAUAUAUAUGUUUACUUUGAGUGAUUUUUUUGUUUUCUUAUCAUAUAUUAACUUUAUAAAAGAUGUAUAUUUGAUUUAAAAGUAAUCAACUGUAUUCUAUGAUAAUUCGAAAUUUAUUUACAUUGGAUUUGUUAUGCUUGUGAGAAAUGUGCCUCUAUU